AUGUUCCUCUUGACAAACAUGGCUUCCUCCAGCAGUCUCCUGUCUGAAGAUCAGUUCCUGUGUUCUGUCUGUCUGGAUGUGUUCACUGACCCUGUCUCUACCCCAUGUGGUCACAACUUCUGUAUGACCUGUCUCAAAGAAUUCUGGGACAGCAGUGAACACUGCCUGUGUGCACUCUGUAAGAGGCAGUUUCCGGAAAGACCUGAACUUUAUGUUAAUACUUUUAUUUCUGGCCUGGUGUCUGAGUUCAAGAAAACAGUCCAGCUGAAAGUUAGUGGCCCUAAAGAGCGAUUAGCCGACAAGCCUGGAGAAGUGUCCUGUGAUGUCUGUACUGGUCAGAAACUGAAGGCUGUGAAGUCCUGUCUGGACUGUGGGUUGAGUUACUGUGAAACUCACCUGGAGCCCCAUAAAACUGCAGCCAAACUCAAAAAACACAAACUGAUGGAUCCUGUGGAGAACCUGGAGGACUACAUAUACCACAAGACUCACAACACUGUUCCUCUAAAGGAGGAGAGUGAGGAGAGGAAGUCUCAGCUGGGGAAAACACAGACAGAAGUGCAGCACAUGAUCCAGGACAAACUGAAGAAGAUUAAAGAGAUCAGACACUCAGUAGAGCUUAGCAAAACAAACACAGAGAGACAGAUAGCAGACAGUGUGGAGGUGUUCAGCUCUCUGAUUGGCUGUAUUGAGAGAAGCCAGGCUGAGCUGAUUGAGCUGAUGAAGGAGAAACAGAAAGCAGCAGAGAGGCAGGCUGAAGGUCUCAUUAAAGAGCUGGAGCAGGAGGUCACUGAGCUGAAGAGGAGAGACACUGAGCUGGAGCAGCUCUCCCACUCUGAAGAUCACCUCCACCUCCUACAGGUUUACCCAACACUGUGCAGCCCUCCACACACCACACACUCCACUGACAUCAGUAUUGACCCUCAUCUGUGUGUGGACACUCUGAGGAAAACUCUGGAACAGCUGGAGAAAAAGUUCCAUGAGGAAGUCGGGAGAGAGUGUGAGAAAGAGAUUGAGAGCAGAAAGAGACUACAUGCAGAAUUCUCUAAAUUAUCGACAGUGGAUGUGACUCUGGAUCCUGAUACAGCAAAUCCCUAUCUCAUCCUGUCUGAUGAUGGAAAACAAGUGACAUGUGGAGACACACGACAGAAUCUCCCUGACAACCCAGAGAGGUUUGAUCUAUUUGUCUUUGUACUGGGAAAGGAGGGGUUCUCCUCAGGGAGAUUUUACUAUGAGGUGGAGGUCAGGGGGAAGACUAAGUGGACUUUAGGAGUGGUCAGAGAAUCCAUUAACAGGAAGGGAGAUAUAACAGUGAGCCCAGAGGAUGGAUACUGGACUAUAAGUCUGAGGAAUGGGGAUGAGUAUAAGGCUUUAGACUCUCCCUCUGUCCUCCUCUCUCUGAGACAGAAACCCCAGAAGGUGGGGGUGUUUGUAGAUUAUGAGGAGGGUCUGGUCUCCUUUUAUGAUGUGGAGGCCAGUUCUCAUAUCUACUCUUUCACUGGUCAGUCUUUCACUGACAAACUCUAUCCACUUUUUAAUCCCUGUUUUAAUGAUGAAGGUAAAAACUCAUCUCCACUGAUCAUCACUCUUGUCAGAUAA